AUGCCUCUGGGGAUCCUGUCACCGUUCCGCGACUUUGUCGGCGGCGGCAUCAACCGGAUCAAAUCUCGACUGGAGCACGACGUCCUGCGCGAGGAACAGACCGUCUCGCUGCCCUCCGAGCCCGCGGCCAAGACGACCUCGACGUCGAGCAGCCGAGGCCGCAGCAAGUCUUGCGUCGUUCGAACGACGCCGCAGAGCCAACCGCGCAAGAUCUCCGAGCCGGAGGCUUCCGAGAACAGCCAACCCGAGGCCGACCCGCAGAGGGAGAUCAACGAGAAGGACAAGUUGACGCAGGAGAUCUACCUCCGCUACAAGAUGCUUCAGCACAAGGUACUUUUUAAGCUUUUUUUAAAGUUUUUGGGUUCCAAUAAAGUUGGAAAGGAGUUUAGAGCCACGAAAAUUGCCCGAAAAAGGCUGGAAAUAUUUUUUUGAUGAUUUUUCCCUCAGGAACCGUGCUCAGCGGAGGGUAGUUCAAAUUUUUCAUAUAUUUUUUUUUUACAUAGUUUUCUUAAAAUUCUCAAAAUUUUCUUAAACUUCUAUUGUAAGUGCUUUCCUUGGUCCGUUUCCUACAAGAAAACUAAGGAAAAGCGCGCCAAAAAGUUUCUUGUCAAUAUUUGGGCUCUCAAGGUCUGAGGCCGUCUGCAUAAAUAUUUACGGUCUGUAAAUUUGAUAUUGUAAAUGAGUACAAAGUCCAAAAAAAAAUCAGAGGAUUUUUUGAAGGUACUCGAAGUUUUUGCACUGGUGAAGAUGCGAAUCGAUAGUUGAAAAAUCAAUAUUUUAAAAUUUUUCAUUUUUCUGUAGAACAAAGUUCUGUCCAUCGUUAUGAAAAAUUAGUCACGAACCAUUUUUCAACAAAUUUAACACUUGAUCUUGUCAUGAGAGACUUUUGUAUUUCUUCUGAAUACAUCCUCGAAACCAAUUCUUUUUAAACUUUUCUCUGUUCUAAAAUCGAAAAUAAAUCCCUUCUUUUCUCCUUUCCUUGCAAGAUAAACCGAAAAAUAGGCCUUUCCUUGUCUAAAACGAAAACCAUGGCGUAAACGGUCUCCGGUUUCGGUCUCAACCGAGAAUUGUUAUCAAAAGAGCAAUGUUUGUUGCUCGCCGACUUAUCACCUGUCUGCGCACGAGAAAAAUUGAUUAUCAAGGCGUUCAGCAACGAAAUUUUCGACACUAAAACUUUCUGUCUAGACUUUCUAAUCAUACGAAAAACUAGAAUCCACGAAUUCGGCACAACGAUUUGACCAGAAGAACAAAAAAGAAAGAGUUACAUUAUGAAAUCAUUUUAUACUGAACAAAUACUUUUUUUGGUAGGAAAAUGAAACUUUUUAGUGAAAUAUAGCCAAAAAAAAGAGAAUAUUCAAUUUAAUUUUUCGGUUUUUCGAGAUUUUUAUCUGGUUAUGAGAUAAUUAAUGUUCGCAAAAAAAUAAAUUAUCAAAGAUUGGCCAAAAAAACUUGUUUUUAGAAAUUUUUUUAUUUAAUUUUUAAGAUUUUUGAAACAUUUUAUUCGAAAAUCAAAAUUGCGGAGAAAUAUCUGGUUAUGAGAUAAUUAUUUUACAAGAUGCCGAAAAACACCACUGCCUAUUUUCUGAUAAUUUCUUUUUAACUUGUCUUUUUGAAAGAGUAAUCAUAAAUAAAAGAUAACUAUUGAUAAUUGCAGAGUUUUUGCUUCAAUUAAUCACUUUGCAAACAAUAAUGUCGUCAUUACAAGUUGCAAUUUUUUUUUCUGAUGACGACUGCUUUUUCUCCUUUUGUUCUACGAAUCAGAGAUUUUUUAGAGCAAAAAAGUCUGCAAACUUUUCAAAACUUCCUGAGAAAAAGAAAUUCAAGCUUCCGCGUCACGUCUGAGAAUUUUCACAGACAUAAAAAAGUUGUAAAAAUCGUGAAGAAUUUGAUUUUUUGGGCUCCGUCGUCCCAUCAACGUGAAUAGACAACGUGUCCGAAAAAGAAACUGACGGAGGCCCAGAAAAAGGAAAAAAAUCCUUUUUGUUUGCCCCUAUUUCUUCCGCAAAUGGUGGCCCGUCGGCCUUUUUCAACACAAACUUCAACCUGCAAACGUUUCGCCGACGUCGUUUCACAAAGGAUUUUCAACGAUCUUUGAGUGGAAAUUGACUGGGGAAGACCAACGGAACAAGGAAUUUAUGCUAAAAUCUUUGGUCUCCGCUCUUUUUUCGGUGAAUAAACAACAGUUCCGUGGCUCUAAAGAACCAUAGUUUUGAGUUUUUUGGAAUUUUUUUUCGAAGUUUUGAUCAUUUUAGUCAAGAAAACCACAUUGGAAAAAGUUGAAAACAAAAAAUAUUUCUCAAAUUUCUUAUAGGACAAGUUUACUAUACUAGGGGCAAACAAAAAGGAUUUUUUUUCCUUUUUUUGGGCGUCCGUCAGUUUUUUUCUAUCGGACACGUUGUCUAUUCACGUUUACAAGUUUAGCAAGCUACCAUUUUUUUUAUUAGAGACUAUUUUCCGGCCUUGGAGUGUUUCAAAUGGGGAAAAAAUUUUUUGAUUUAAAAAGGCCCGUUUUCAGACAUCAAAAUGGUUAUAAUGAUGUCGAGAAUCGUUUUUCCCGUAUCUUACGUGCUUUUGAAUAUACUUUCCAAUGAAAAUAUCCGAAUAAAAAGUGCCAAAAAGCUGAAAAAUGAAAAAAAUCUUUCGACCCAAAAUCGGCCAUUGAGCUUCCAUUCGUUUUUCUCGGAACUUUCAAAAAUAAGUCGUUUUUCGAAGUUCAGACCACCGAAGUGAUAGUUCUGAUAAAUAUUCUGAAACCUUCAAUCUAAACCAACUCCCCCCGUUUAUCCGCGGGAAAGGACGAAUUUCCUCUGUCUGCGCCGUGAAAAUCAAAGCUCAAAGUGUAGGUUUCUCGGGCCAGACAGACGGAUUGCCGAGGGCGAUUUGUCCUCGGAUAGACGUCCGUUGGACUCUUAUUGCUGUCUCAGGCGCUUUUUUGCAGAUUGAAUCGCGUUCUUUGUGGAAAAAAGGCAGACGAAAUGGCUCAGAGGGCUUAAAAAACAGCUCUCUUCAGUUCAAAUUGCUCGUUUCCGCUCCUUUUUCCUCCCUAUUUUGAGUGAAACGAGUUGCAUCGACGGCGAACAACAAAGUCUAGACGAACGGCCCUGAGUCCAGGUGCAAAACAUUCGUUCUCUGUCUGUUGUUUUCAGAGAAGCCGCCGACGCAGACAAAUGGUUCCACUUGAACCGAUUAUGUCGGUUCCUCCACGGCAGUUUAAACACAGCGUGUUCGCUCGUAUAUCGAAAGCUUUUAGCUGGGGGAGGCUCAAAAAUUGCCCCCGAGAGUGCUCUAUGGAUAAUUUCCCUUAUAAUGGACAUUAUGAAGUUUUUUUUUCCUUUUAUGGGAGCUUUUUUGUCAAUGUAAACAUUCGGAAAGUAGAAGGCUCUAAUAUUGCAAUAUAUGUGCUCCAUGGAUACUUAUAAUUAAAUAAAACUAUAAAAGCUUAUCGAAACGAGUCAUAUACCUCAAUUUAAAGAAAAAAAAAUUAGCAUAUGAAGCUCAAAGGUAGCGUUUAAUUGUACUUUAUGGACAAUCCUUCAUGUAAAAAAAAAAUUUCAAAUUUUUUAUUUUCAAAAAUAGCAUUCUCAAUUGAGCAUAAAAUCGAAAAAAACAGAAAAUUGUCAAAAAAAAACUUUGAAUUUGCAUCGAAGCAUGGGCCAAAAUAUUCUGAAAGAUCAUCCUUCUCUUUGUUCUUUUUGAUCAAAAAAACGCUAUUCGUAGCUUUCUUUCCCCGGCUUUGAUCAUCUUUCUCUCUCUUUUCAAUAGCGCAAAUCAAAUGUACAAUGUUCAGAAACCAACGCUGAAACGUUUAGGAAAAAGAAUGGCCGUAAAGAAUAUUGUAAAACUGGAAAAAUUACCUUUCAGUGACAAAAGUUUUUUUUUUGAAAGGAAGACGGAAGAAAAUCCAAAUUUUUCCCUGGAUCAAAAGAUCAAAUGUGCAAAGUCCGGAAACCCGAAGCGUUUCGGCGAAUUUUCGACGGAAAAGGGGGUUCUCCAAAUGUGUCAUAAUGCGCUCCAUGGACACUUCAAGUUCCGAGGCUCUAGAGAAUUCUAAUUCUGUAGAUGUUUUGACUUGGAUGAGUUUCAUACUGGAAAAAGAUUUUUUUUUUCGAAAACUAGGAGAUUUAAAUUUUUUUGGAGAAAGGAGACUAUUUCUCAUGAAUCAAUUUUUGGGUCACAUCGGAUCGUUUUCUAUCAAAUAUGUGAUAAAAUAGGUCUGUGGGAUGCUGUAUAUUGGGAGAAUCGAUGAUAAUUUGAUAAAAAUUCAAGAUUUGGGAUGAAAUUCGAGCAAUUUUCGAAAAUUAUCAAAUUGAAAGAACAUUUCCCUCCUUGAAAAUUGCAAAACGUUGAUGGCCAUCAUUAGCUCUUUUUCCAGGCUAUUUAUGGGUUCUGAACAUCCCUUCUCAAAACAGAGAUUUCAACCCUUCUUAUGAUUUGUUUCUUGCAGAACGAACGACGGAGCCGAGCCUACAUGAACGAGCCGACGUGCGCGGUUUGCAUGCACCGGGUGCCCAAAGUUCGCGUUUUCCCCUGCUCCCACGGCCUUCUCCAUUGUCAUUGCCAGGCGGUUCACCUGUCUCAGGUGUGUUACUCGAAAAACCAUAUUCUGUGAUGUUGUGGUGAGAAAAAUCCUUGGUUUUGCGUUCUUCACGGGUCGAGCGGAGCAUGUUUCUCUUCGAAGUGUCCUUAAGGCGAAGGAACACUUAUAAUCUAUUCACGCGUUUUUCGUCGAGGGAAUUCGAGGAAUUUCCUCUAGAUCAAACAGAAAAUCUCAAUCUUUAACCUGACUAAAACUCUCAUAUAAUUGUUACACUUCGAUAUGUGAAAAAAUAGCCGCGGAAAAGGCGCCAUUUUUACGGAGUUUGAAUCAUUUAGUUGAUUUGGGGCCUAAUCCAAACUUUUCCAUACUAAGCUGUAGUAUAGUAGCUAAGAAAAAACGAAAAUUAACCUUGGAGCGCAGAAAUUAGAACUUUCGUGCAUUUCGACUAUAUUUUCAUCUUCAUCCUAACACUGGAAACGAGAAAAAUGAACAGAAUCCACGAAAAAGUCGAGAUUUAUCCAUGGAGCACAAAAUCUCUAGAAGUUAGAGCCACUACAGCUUCGAUAUUAUUUUCGCCUAGUUAUCAAAUACCAUGAAGAGUGUUUUCACUCCAUUUCCACGGCUCUUCUUUCACAUUCCUUUUUUGUUCCAAUCAUUUCUAAUUUUUGUUCUCACUACUAUCUCCUCUGGGCACGGUGUCACUCACUUGCAAGGAUUUUGGGCAAAGGUUUCAGGGGCGGCUCUGUCCGCAGUGUUUCGAGGGCCGAGUCCUGACCCGUCUCGAACCUUCCGUGAGUUUUCGACGGAAGUGCACGUUUCCCCCUAGUUUUGUAGCAGCUUCAUUCUUCUUACUAACAACCUCAAGCUACAUAAAAACAUCCUCUGGCAACAAUUCUUCGCUUUUGUAAAAUUGUUGGAAUGAAAGUACAUUCAAUUGUGUGGAAGAUUGAGUUGAAAAUUGAGCCGGGAAAGUUCGAAAAAUCAGAAAGUUAGCUUCAAUGGCUUCUGAGCUUUGCGCUCCAUGGAUAACAUUUUCCAAGCUCAGGAAACAGUACUUUAUAGCUUUGAAACUCGGUUUUUGCCUUUUUAUUUGUUCGUUCCGUGUAUAAAUGAGACAAAAAGCCUGGAAAAAGUAGCCUUGCUGAUGUCAAGACUUUACGCUCCACAGAAAUAUCGAAUUAAAUUCUGUUUUUUUAAUAUUUUAAAUUAGGCUGCAGAAUAGCGCUUUGUGAUGAAUCUAGCAUGAUAAAACCAAGGAAUAUUUCUGGAAAUCAAGAAAAAAUGUAUCAUUAUCGCCUUAAAAGCAUGUUGCAUGAAGCAUUUUCUCUGUUUUUAACGUUUUUCUGAGCUGAUCGAAAGAAAAAAGAAAGGGAACUACUAAAUAUGGUGAUUUUCAGCAGAAACCAGUAACUUGCGACGCGAUCCACGGUCACGCGUGCGGCUGUCGUCCGGCCGAACCGGAAACGGCACAAAAAUCCGUGGCUCAACGUCAUCAUUAUCAGAAAGCUCCAAAGGAACACUACGUCAACCGCGGUAAGAGUCAUUGACUAGGGACCGCAGACGAAUUUUCAAAAAUUUUUUUUCAGCAUUGAGCUUUGUAUGGUUUGAUAGCUGUUUCGAUUCAAAACUCAGAACCGUUUAGUUUUUCAAAAAAGAUUGAGGAUGAAAAAAGUUAUGACGGAAAAUGUGGCGCGCCGCGCACCAUUUUUUUAGUACUGAAAUUUUGGUAUUAUCCAUUUUUGACAUUUUUCUCGAUUUUUCUUCUAGAACAAGUUUUGAUACUGGUCUAUUAUGAUGUAACAAAUCAUAAUAGAGUGCUAAAAUGAUGCAAAUUUGCUAGUUUGCCGAAAAAUUCGGUAUUUUCCAGAAAACAAAAACUGCCGCUUGCGGGCAUCGAACUCGCGACCUCAAAAUGAACAAUCGCAGCGCACGCGUUGCGCCAAGCUGUUAGGUCCAACGCGGGGAGCUUCCAUCCGCCAUACCCUUGAGCCGUUUUGGAUAGCACAGAUUGCCUAUUUCAAAAAAAUAAAAAAAUUUGAAGUAAUUUAGCUAUUUUUUUAUCAGAAUAUGUUCGCAAAUCUUUACUCAAACUUUUCGUGGAAAUUCACUUCGAAAAAAACUGUUUUUUUAGUGCUUUUUUUGCCUCGUUUAACGAUCGCUGCAUUAAAACGGCCCCGUAAAUUUUUUUGGCAAAGACGAAUUUUUUUAUUUUUAUUCUUUUUAAUUGAAAGAUUUUUUUACUAAUAAAUGUAUAUAAUCGUUUGAGAAACCUGCGUUCGACCGCUUUCUGUGUGAUAAACGCCGCUAAUUUUAUUCUCUAUUUUUCAAGAGCAUUUUUUUGCGUAUUAAACAACUUUUUUUCAAGCAAAGAUGCUGUAGAGAAAUAUUUAAGUAAGCUCAUGAUCUAAAUUUUUGAAAAAAACAAAAAAACUCGAUUAUAUUCGCUUAUUAACGAUAUUUUUGAAUUAUGACUUUCGGCACUCCCUAAAAAUUUUUUUGGCAAAGACGAAUUUUUUUAUUUUAUUGUUUUAAAAUUACCGUUACUUGGAUCAAAAUCAUUUUAUAAAAAAAGAAAGAGUGCGUUCGACCUGAAAACACAUGAAAAAGCAAAAAACGACAAAAUUUUUUAGUUCCAUUCACGUUUUUGUACGACAUUCCGCGCGAACGCAUCAAAAAAACGUGAAAUAUUUUUUAAACGAAAGAGGAAGCUUUUCUGUACAUGUGUGUCAAAUUUUAUUCGCCAGUUCCACAUAUUUUACAACUACAACAAAAUGAAAGUUUAAAACCAAAAAAAAGCCACUUUUUUUCUAUCGCGAAAAAGGGGCGUGGCUUUGCGGUCCCUAAGAGUCAUUGUUUGUUUAAGAAAUUAUCUCAUUUGUAGUUUUCAAAAAAAUACUACUAUUAAUAAAAAAAGAAAGAAAAAAAACUAGUCUCCCUUGUCGGAUUCAGAAGAAGCCGUAGUCAUAGCUUUGGAAAAAAAUUAAUUACAUUCUUAGUAGUGUUUCAAAUUUGAAAAGAAACGAAGAAACCAUUUUUUUCAUUAUCACAGGCUUAUCAGAGAAAAAUUUUUAUCAAAAAAAUCCUUUUUUUCUUCACAAUGGUCAAUCUUUUCCUUCAAAAAAACAUUUUUUUAAAUUUAAGAUUAAAAAAAUUUUUUUCUUAUAUUUAAAGCAGUCCAAUCUUCUUUUCAAAAAGCCUUUACAUUUCAAAUUUUUUUAAAAUUCGGCCGUUUUGCACGCUUUUUUUAUCCAUUUAUAAAAUCGAAAGCUCUUCUCAAUUUCCAGAAAGUUCCUUCGAUUCAAGUUUUUUUCUCACAAUAAAUAAUAAUUCCAAGCUUUAAAAAGUUCUGAAAUUUGAAAAUCUUCAUUUUCAUCGAGAAAAAUAUUCGGGAGCUUAACUUUUUUGAAGUUCAAUCUGCAUAUAUUUCAAAAUAAUAUUUGAAAAACAACACAUUUUUUUGCAGGCUACCUCGACUCUACGGCUAACUCCCCGAUGAACUCUAUGUCGACCUCGAUGUCAUAAACUAUUUCUUCUUUUUUCUCAUCUGAUCCUAGAAUUUUUAAUAAUUAUUACUUUCUUCUUCUCCCCGAAGCCUUAUAGUUGCCCUUUACUUGUCCUAAACCAUUCCUAGUUGAUCACAUUUGGAACUUUUUUCAGGUUUUUUUCUUCUUCACAUUAUUCCCUUCUUUCAGUUCUUGUAUAAAGUUGUAACAAUUUUGUUAAAUGCAACGAAUUUCGGUUUUUCAUGUAAUUAUUUUUUAAUGAACCUCUUAAAGUUUUUCUACUUCUUUUCUUUUCUUUCAGUUUUCUUUUUUUUCGUGUUAUUUUUUUUUCGUUCUACGUUGAAGUUAUCAGUUGUCCGAGUGUAUCUGCGAUUCCGCUGUGUUUCUUUUUUGCUUUUUCUUGUCAACGAGUAUUUUAAAACUGUCAGAAUAAAUUUUCUUGUGCUUUUUAUAUGUUCAGAAAAUGAAGUAAAAAUGGUCAACCGGCCACGAAAAUAUUAUGGAUCAUUCUUUAGGCCUUUUUGAAUUCAAAUAGAACUGAAAAAAAGAGAGAAACUUCCUACGAUUAAAAUAUGGUACAGCGGCUUAAUUUUCUUUUUUUUUAAUUGAAAACUUCGCAAGUGUAGAAAAAUUUGUCAUCUAACAGAUUCACUGCAGAGAUUGGAAAAAAAUUGGGAAAUGCCUCAAAAUUUGGAUGGUUCUGAAGAAAAUACUUCUUUUACAAAGAAUUAGUUUCGAAAAUAAGGAAAUAAUAUAAUAAGUAUAUUGAUAUAGUCUGUGUGCCACGACUUGAAAUUUCAGCGAACGACAUUCCGCUGUUCCGCCGGGCGCCUUUGCGAAUCUCGGUCGCGGUUUCAAUGUUUUCUUUCAUUCAAUUACUCGCAGUGGAAAAAUCCAUCUAUCAGCAAUAAAAAUAGUUUGAAAAGGCGACCUAGAUUCGCAAAGGCAAAGACGCUUCGCGACCGUACGCAGCGGAACGUCGUUCGGUGAAAUGUCAAGUCGUGGCACACAGACUAUACUACUGAAAACGGAUGUUGCUUAUUCGAGCUAAAAGAAGCGUUUUUAGUUAUUUCCGCUUUUGGACCUUUUUCUAUGUUCCGAUGCUCAAAUUUUCUCUUACAUAAAUUCUACAAUCAGGAAAAUUGCGGAAAUGAACAGAUAAUCAAACGAAUUUAAGCCUCUUAUAAGUAGUCUGAUGUUAAAAAAUGAAGUCGUCAACUUCCAUGUCUUGUACUUAUUAUACUGACACACUGAUAAUCGCCGGAAAUGAUCCCACAUAAUCAAGGCGGAUCGAAAGAGUGUUCAGAAAGGCUUCAGAGAGAAUUUUUAUCCACUAAAGAAUUGUUCCACAUUACUUAUUCAAUUCGCUUGGUUGUGUCGGAUUAUCUUUAGCUGAGAUCAGAAGACCAAAAAAAUUCUCAGGCAACAAAAAAAGAGGAAGUCAAUGUUGAGUAUCAAACUACAUACACGAUUUUUUAAGGCAUUUUUGUUAUAAUCAAGGCGAACCGAGAAAAGUUUAAAGAUGCUAAUCUUGAGCAGAAAGCUCAACUCAAGUUUUCUGAAUGUAGUUUGAUCUCAAAAUUGAUCUCUUCUUCGGUUGAGGUGGCAAUUUUCCUUCUGACAAGAGAGGUCAUUUCACCCAUGACUUCAGAAUUCUUUGAAACUCGUCCAGAAUACUUCCUGAGGUACUUGAUGAGAUUCUGCAAGUCUGAACCUGCUAUUUUCUCAGUAUUUGAAAAUGAAUUCUUCAAAAAAAAAAAUUAUCUUCCAAAAAGUGGCUUUUUAAAAGUGGGGGGUUCAUAUCAGAUAUUUGCGGGCUCAGACUUGUGAAAUCUGGAGGAAUCUUGAGAAAAAGGACGAUUUUUGAGUCAAAGAGAAUUUUUUUCUGAAACUAGUUUGAUACUAGUCGUUUUUUCAAUUCUCAGGUUUCUCAAUAUUUAUUCAAAAUGACCUUCUUUGGGUACAUUUUCUGUUCUCAUUCACAAUUUUGUGCCUGAAACAGCCAAAAAUCAGAUGAUUAUUAAGGAACGAGUCUCUGUCAGAAAACGACGAGGUUUCAACCCAAAUUCGCGAGGUGAAUAAUGUAGUUUGACGCGACGGAUUUGCGGUUUGAAGUGACGGCAGUCGGGUCAUAAACAGGCGUCCGUCGGGCGGGCGGGCGAUCAAACAUCGCCAGACGACUGCACAGGUGAUAUUUGCUGUGUCUGCAUCAGGUACGCAACUGUGCCGCUGGCAGAUCGUCUGGCCCAAUUCGGACCGGCACUCUUAUCGGAUUAUUGAAUUACGGGGGACCGAUGCAAAUUCGCUGUUCUAUUUCCAAGUUACUUUUAUUUUAAUGGAGUCAGUAUCGUUGAAUUGAAGGGUAGAACGAAGCAAAGUAGAUUCAAAUCUAUUCAAAAAGGCUGGCUCGAUUCUAAAAUGAAAAGAGCCGAGUUAACGUUUAAAAAGUACGAUGAAAAGUCAAGAUUGAACAUUUUUGAAAGUUGGCACGAACGAAAAUCAAUCAAUAAUGCUGCUCGAUGAGCGGCGCUCCUCUUGACCUGCAGCGUCUUUUCUUUUCUUUUAUUUUCAAUUUUGUCUCAAAAUACAGCUCAAAUUCGUGCUUAAUAAGAAAAAUUUUUGAUAAAAAUUAUUUUUUCAUUAUCAGGCCGAAAUUUUUGAUAAAAACUUAAAAAUCUUUUAGCCGUCUAAUUUGCGCUCUAAUCGACCCUUCCAUCAGCUCUAAAGCUUUUGAUAGCUAUCGUAGGCGGAGUAAUUUCCCAAGCUAUCAUUUCCAGGAAAGAAAGUGAACUUAUAGUUGGAAUGCAGUCAAGUUAUCCAAUCGAUGAGAGGUUCAAAGGUCGAAGGCUGAAAUGUGUGGCUAUUCGCGGCUCAGUUCUCUAUCUUCAGGUACAAUUAAGUCGCUGCUUUUUUAAGAAUGAAGUUGACAGAAGAUUUUGAAGUAACUGUACUGAUUUCUCAAAGACUCAAUGAAUGAAAUGAUAAAAUUUGAGCCCCGCGAUGAAGACAAAGUGGAACUUUGGUCGUUCGACACGUUGCACCCGACCAAAUACAACUUGGAGUUUUCGGUGGACGUCGAGGGCUGCAUGUACACGUUUUCCAGUUGUCCCAAGCACAAAAAUACAGUCUUCAUCUUCUUCGCCGGCUUCAUGCGGGUUUAAUUCGAAUCUAUGCUACAUAUUCAUUUCCAAAAACUUGCUAUUGUUUUAUCCUUGAAAGAUGAGCAAAAAUAGGCAUAUCUUUACUAUUUUUUUUUUGCUAAAAUAGCGUUGAAUAGACUCAAAAAAGGUCUAACCACUCAUAAAUUAACUUAGGACAAGAUAUCUUUCAGAAUCCAUCCAACGACGGACGAAUCGACGGGACCAUCGCCCUCUUCGCGUAUAAUAUUGAAAAGAAGCGUCUGAAGACCUAUUUGUGAGUGAUCAGACUAUUAUAAAGCUUGAAAGAGUUGAUGGCAGCGUAGAGGACAACCAGCAGCUGUACCGACUCCCGCUGGAGAUGCUUUCCAUGGGAAGUCGGUCCGACGGAAGUCUGUACCUUUAUGAUCGGACUAUCACGUCGGGGCCUCUGCCUUACUACGACAUUGAGCCCUUGGAGGAUAAGAAAGUUAGUUGGAACGUUUUUGUUUUUACAUGGAAGUUUUCAGUACUUACAGAACUUGAAAAAUCAUCCCUCUGAAAUAGAAAUACGCAGAUGAUUUUGAGAAUUUCACAUUCAAACUGAUAACUCGGUAUCACAAACCGGACGACUUUGAGACGUUUCUGAGCAUCCAGAGUAACCACUUAAGAGCCCUGAAACCGCUAAGAUCACCUGAAACUAAAAAUAUUAAAGCUUCCAUUUCUCGUUCAAAUAAAUUUUUAAAAAUAAUUAUUCUGGUUUAUCAUAUCUCUGAAACAUACCAUGUUGGAUGCUAUUCGAAAAUUAAGUUUAUUAAAUUUGAAAGAAAAACUAAUUUUUUUAAACGAUCUAAAAAAAGAGACCGAAGUAGAUAGAAAACAAAAAUAUGAAAGCUACAUAAUCGACAUCUAAAAAGAAUAACUUCAUGGUUAUUCCAAUUUACUCAAGUGGGGGGUUAACACGACCGCGAGUCCUCUUCCCUCCAUCACCACAAGUUCCGACACAUAUGUUCCCAAACUCUCCCUACAUCUAUUUCGUGAAAUUUAGUACUUGUGUGUGAGAAAUAAAACAUUUUGAUUUUUUGAUUUAUUUUAGUUUUUGAAAUAAAUUUAAUUAGUCGUAAAAAAGUUGUUAUAAAUUAUUUCAAAGCCGAAGUGCCCACAAAAACAAAUUAUUUGUUGACCUCUUUUCUCUUUUUUUUUGCUUCCGCCGGAGACUCAUUUCUAGGGCAUCUGAAGAGUCUAGCAGACGAUAGACUACUUUAAAAUAGAUUCUACCUCUGAGAAUAGAAAAAGUUCCUUCCGCUCCGGAAACUUGUAGAAGUGGGUCUAUCUGUAGUUUGGAAGAAUGUCCCUAAAAAAGUCAAAAGUUGAACUUUCAGGACAUGUUCUCAAUAGAACCUUGGAACGUACCUCCAGAAGAGGUCACAGAUCCCGGAUCUCGUUUCACGAUCGCCUUCGACGGCGCCAGACGCGUUUUCGGUCGGCUCAAAGACGACGACCGGCUUUUGGUAUUCAAUCCAGAAGCUGAGAACUGGGAAGAGUACGAAAUCAAGGCUGAUGGCAACUGUCCCCCUCAGGUGCGCUUGGAAUAAACUUCGAGUAUUUAAAGUUGAUAAUCUGAUUUUGAAAUAAACCGGAAAAGAGCCAAAGUCUAGAGAAAAAUAAACGAGGCUUCAUAUAAGUUAAUGAUAAGAGCAACGCCUAAAUCGACUAAAAAAGAAACUUUCACAUUUGAAACUCAUAAUUGUCCUGAAACUGUGAAAUAUUUCAGAAAGUCUGAAAAAUUAAUAAUUCUUAUAAUAGCCAAGCUAAAAAAGAAGGAUUACUUUUUUCUACCUCAGCCAAUUUGAUAGAAAAAACUUCUCUUGGCUCUUUCCAUCCGAAAUUUCAAAAUUAACCUGACAAAAACGAUUCGCACAAACUUUUCCAAGCUUGAAAGAAAAAAUGGAAAAAUUUCAGUUUGACCUAUCUCAUAAAAACGGUCCAGGAGCUGGUUCUUCAAUAAGCGUUCGUUCUCAUCUGAUGACUCGAGGAGAAACGAUGGGUAUACAUUUUUUUUAAAACCAUCCUUCCAAAAAAAUGACAUGGAUCAAUUCCAGGAAAAACAAUCUUUCCAAUUUUUCAAAUUAACCUGGUUGACCAUAAAUUGAGCAGCUGUUUUUGAAAACACAAUAUUUUUUUCAGAAAUAAACCGGAAAAAUGAUGAUUUUUUUAAAAAGCAAAAAUAACGCUUGAGAAUUCGUGAAGUUAUUUUUACGAGGUUGUGACACCCCUGACAUAAAAAAAUAAAAAAAUUUAAUUUUUUUAAAUUUUUCAAAAAAAUAAAUUUAAAUUUCACAAUCAUAUGAGUAUUCAAAAAAUGAUGAUUGUGUCAACUUUUGCCAGAGCUUUUGAUUGCGUGCCGAACGGAAUUCGUGAGAAUGUACAGAAAGCCCUAGUUUAGGAGAAAAUUAAUCAGUUAAAAGAUGAAGAACAAAAAUGUUGAGAAAAAUUUAACAAAAGCACGCUCUGCAGUAAAGUUGCUCCAUUGUCAAAAAGCAAUGCCAGUGCUAAGAAUACUCGAUAAAUUCUCAGGACAAAGGGUGGGAGCCGUGGAAUCGCCGUUGUCGUUCCACGAAGACGCGGACGACGACCGCUGUCUCGUGCGUCAACGUUGCAGAGCUCUUCACUACUUUUAUGAGGCCAAAUUAGGUGAGAUUCUUUCAAAAUCUUCUUCUUCUUGUUACGCCUUUGUUACCACUUGAGCGCCGCCCCAAGUCGAUUAUGUGAGGUCCUAUCCUGAUAUCAGUGAUAAUCAGACUGACUCCAGUGAUAUAUCCGUCCUUGUCUCUGAUGGCUGAGAAUCAUGGAGCCAUGGUUUCCCACUACCAACAUCCCUCAAACCCCUUCGUCGGGCCGCGCCAAGGCUCGAACUUGUGACCCUGUGAGCCAUAGAAAGGCACACAACUUGUUGCGCUACGCCUCGACGUGUUAGAAUUUCUCAAUAAGUCAUAGCAUUUUUUAAAAUUUUGUUCUCUUAAUUUCAGUUGAAAGAUGAUUUUUUUUUCUCCAAAAAUUUUCACAAUAAAUAAUAUCGCAGACGAGGAGAAUCGCAAAGUAAUCUGGAGACAUUUGUCGACGAACAGGAUCAGCGAAGAAAGCGAGCUCAUGUUCUACCCGAAGCACAAUCGCGACGUUUUCGUCUUUGUCGGCUUGAGGGUCAUCACUGUCGUUUACUUGCAGGUACUCUAAUAUUUCACCUUUGUUCUAACCGUUUAUUGAAAAAGACUAAAAAAUAUCAAAGCACUUUUGAGAUUUUUUCGAGUUCAAACUAUAGCAUGUUCCGAUUUUGAAUGUCAAGUCCUCGCUCAAGCUCCUCUCCCUAAUAACGCGAUAAACCAAUCAGAGAGCGAGCCACCCACAGAGCUUUUUCGAAUUACGUCAUUAUACUUGACAUUCAAAAUCUGAACGGACUAUAUUCAUGGAACAAACUUGGCGAAGCGCCCGAUGUUGUUUUUUUUUUACGUUUAAGGGUUCUUUUUCCGCAGCGACCUUUUCUUCGCUCCGAUUAUAAAAUUUUUUGUUAUCAAUGUCUCAAAAGUUGACAGCAGAUCAACUUUCAGUUCAAAAUAAGUUAUCUAUAUAGACGAUCUGAAACUUAUCUGAGACAUGAUUCAAAAAAGUGGUCAUUUUUAUUUUCCAGUAGCGACAAUUGGUUCCAACGCAAAGAAAUUAUUUUAGUAUGAAGAGUCAGAAAUAUUUCAAGAAUUUCAGUCUUAUUUAUGGAAAAAUGGAUUAUUUCAGUUAUUGUGAAAAAGAAACAGAUAAGAAAAAUUCUUUCGAUACUUAGGAAAACUUCGCGUUAUUUUGAACUCUAUCGAAAUAAUAUUUUUUUUUUCCAAAACAAUUUGAAGCUACACUCCAACGGCUACAGCUUUAAAAAACACACUUAACGAUUUCCUCUAAAAAUGCAAUUUAAAAAUAUUAAAUUUCAAAGAAGUUGUUUAAUUUCAGUUGAAACGUCUUUCUUGAUUUAAAGAAGUGCACUCUUUUUCCAUCUCGGUUAUAUUGUGGAGCUUUGAAUUCGAAAAACACUAUCACAUUGAAAAAAAAACCUGUUUUUGGCGUUUUUGAGCAAUCGAAACUUGACUACAAGGCCAAUGAAGCGAAACAACAAUCCCAAGUAGGAAUUGAGGUAAUUUAGAGAAAAUUUCAGCGAAAGUUCGAAAGAAAGUUUUCGUGCUUUGAUAUAAUUAGAAUCACCCACGAUUUUCCUAUCAAGUUGAUGUGAGUCAAGGAAAACAAAAAUAAAGUCAAAAAACUUUUUUCUUCAAUUUAAUUUUUGUUUACGGUUUCCAGGUUCCCCCUCUGCAGACGAUAUCUCUGCUCCAAGUACAGUCGGACGUUCGAAAGCGAGAAAAAGAUGGAAUGACUCCAGAAGAAAUCGCGACAGUCUGCCGGGAACAUUAUUUCCGACAAAAAUCUUCAUAA